AUGACCAAACGAAGUGACAAUGACAGCGACAGUUGUCCGGUGCCAACCCUGCUGCACAAGAAAAGCAAAGGGGAAAAGCAUGUGUCUUUUCCUCCAGAUGAAGAGAUUGUGUCUGGCUUUGCAGAGCACAGGGACUCAGGCAGAGACGUUGACAGCCUCACCUUGGCAGAGGUAAUUCUGGCCUACAAGAAGAGCUGUGAAAGGCACCAAGUGGAACCCAACCCCAAGAUUGUGGAGCAACUGGAGCUAGCGACGUGUGUGAAGGGUACACUCAGGUGUCUGGAUCUAGAAGGUGAGCGAUUAGAAUCCAGCUCUUGCGAGUCUCUGGAAAUCCUACUGAAAUCACUGCACUUUGAUUUCAUCAAUCUGCGGGCGACGAAACUGGAGGAAAAUGGAGCAUCGUCAUUGCUGGAUAUGAUUUUAUACUAUGAACCUACAACACAUCUUGACAUCUCUGACAACACCAGUAUGGGGAUAUCAGGCUGGAGGGCCCUCUCUCAUUUGAUCAAGCAGAGUGGCUGUCUAUUGAGGCUGGAUGCCUGUAAGGUGUCCAUGCAGGGCUAUCCUGCCCAGGCCUUGGCUAAAGCUCUGCCCAGCAGCCGGCUGGCCGUGCUCAGCCUCCACGGUUGCUACCUCAGCGGCAGGCCCCUCUUCACACUUGUUGGGGCAUUGAAGACCAACAGAGGCCUUCAGGAGCUUUACCUAGCUAGCAACAAGCUCAACAGUUACCAGGACUCCAUGCAGUUAGGCGAUCUCCUCAGAUUCAACAGCACCCUCCGAGUUCUGGACCUUGGCGACAACACUAUAGCUGACGCAGGUCUGGAGGAGAUCUGUGAAGGUCUGAAAAUGCAGACUGCUGGUCUGAGGGUCCUCAUGCUGAACAGCAACAUGAUCACUUACAAUGGUCUGGUGUAUCUUGCCAAAGUUCUGCCUGUACUGAAGACACUAGAGAUUUUGAACUUGGGGGAAAACAAGCUACAGAACCGAGGAAUCCACACACUGAAGGAACCGCUGAUGAUGAACCAGUCGUUACUACACCUAGCUCUGGAACAGACCCACAUCACCUGUGAAGGAGCCGUGGCAUUGGCUGAGUUCAUCGCUGAGAGUCGUCAGAUCCAGCACCUGGACCUUCGUGAGAAUGAGGUAAGGGCCGGCGGGCUCAUGGCCUUAUCACUGGCCUUGCGGAUCAACAGCUCUGUCACCACACUGCAGCUGGACCCCAAAGAGGAACAGGGGGGUGAUGGCUCGCGUCAUCACGCCUCCGCUCUGGAGGGCCCCAUCGCCACGGGCACCCGUCAAACCGUCCUGAACCUCAGAGACGCCUCAGAGAACUCUCUACUGUCUCUCAAGCUCCACUGCCUCGCCAGCUCUACUGCCUCGCCAGCUGAGGAGUUUCUGAUGGAGACCCAGGAGAGACUGCUAGGGGAGAUCAGUGAUCUCUGUGUCGCCAACGCAGGCAAUGCUGGCAUCGCCGCGGCAACCGAUCAGCGGCCGACUCUUCAGAAGCCUGGACCAGAAGAGGCAACCACAUGA